ACAAAUAGGGACACCCAGUUGGUAGGCUCCUACAGCUGAAGCAACAGCAGCAGUGUGAGGAUGACCCGGCCCCUGGAGCAGGCAGUAGCUGCCAUCGUGUGCACCUUCCAGGAGUAUGCAGGGCGCUGUGGCGAUAAAUACAAGAUCUGUCAGUCGGAGCUCAAGGAGCUGUUGCAGAAGGAGCUGCCCACCUGGACACCGAGUGAGUUCCGGGAGUGUGACUACAAUAAAUUCAUGAGUGUUCUGGAUACCAACAAGGACUGCGAGGUGGACUUUGGGGAGUACGUGCGCUCACUUGCCAGCCUCUGUCUCUACUGCCACGAGUACUUCAAAGAGUGUCCCCCUGAGCCUCCUUGCCCCCAGUAGCCUCUGAUCCAAAGGUGUAUGCUAUCCCAGAAGGGCAGGGUCUGCUCCAGUCCUCCAUCUUUGUCCUUGAGGUGGUCCUGGGUGUAUAGCCACACCUUUCCCACUCUCUCUGCGGUACCCCUUUCAAUCUAGACUUGCCAAGUCCUUGAUGUGCUAACCCCACCCAGCUACCCAUGAGCUUUAGAGGCUUGCCUAGGGAUGCCUAGUCAGUGAGUGGUGGGACAGUAGCCAGCCACUGCUGCUUCUCUUCUUGGAAGGGAAGAACAUCUCUGCUCAGCCAUGUGCACACAACUGGGACCGCUGUGGCAGGGGCCUCCUCAACUCCCAAUAAAGAAAUGUCAUCUUGGCUUA